GUCCCCACUACUUGAGGCGCUGACAUCGCGUAUUUAUCUCCGGAUUCCGGGUAUUUUUCCUGUCGAAAAAAUGAAAAAACUCUGGUAUCAACAGAAAUACUUCAAGUACGGAUUACCCUUCCUGAUCCUGGUGACCGGAGGAUCUUUUGCCCUUAAGGAAUUCACGACAUUAAGGUACGAAUACUCCAAGAACAAGCAAGUGAGCCCGGCAGAGCUGGAAAAACUGGGAGUAAAGAUGAAGAAGCCUGGAGAGGUAACACUCGAGAGUGAAUAUGAGAAAAUCAAAGCCCUCGACAUAGACAGUUGGGACAACAAAAGAGGCCCCAGGCCGUGGGAAGAGAACUUCCCGGAGAAAAAGUCCUAAAUAUUUAGAGCUCUAAGCAUUUUUGUAAUUCUUUAUUUUCUCUGCUCUUACAUUUUCUAGAGAUAAUUCAAGAUACAAUGUAAAAUUACACGUAGAUUUUUUAGAAUGAUACAAUUAAUGAAAAGAAAAAUAUUUUAGCUGGGGCUUUUUUUUGUUAGUGUAAGUUUGUAAAUAUGCGUGUUACAUUUUUUUGAUGAAAAAAAAAGAGAAAAAGGAUUUUAGUGAUCAAGGAAAAUUGUGGUCACCAUCAUCAUCUAAAUAUAUGCCACCUAAACAUCUAAUGAAAAA